AUGACAAUGGCAAGUAACAAAACACAAUGUUUCAAAUGUAAUAAAGAAAAAAUAACAUAUUCUUGUGAAGGAUGUUCACAAAGAUUUUGUUUUGUGGAUUUAGCAGAACAUAAACAAUUAUUACAUGAUGAAUUACAUAUUAUCACCAAUGGAUAUAAUGAAUUUAAACAAAGAAUAAAUGAACAAAAACAAAAUCAUCCCUUAAUAAAACAAAUCGAUCAAUGGGAAGUGAAUUCAAUUGAACAAAUUCAACUAAAAGCACAAGAUUAUAGAGAAGUUGUCAUUAAAUCGUCACAAAGAUUUAUUAAUGAUAUUGAAAUGAAAUUUAAUGAUUUAAGUGAACAAAUAAAACAAUUUCAUAAAGAAAAUGAUUUUAAUGAAAUUAAUUUAAACUACUUAACAAAUCAACUAAGAAAAAUUACAGAAGAAUUGAAUGAUCCAUCAAAUAUUUCUAUUCAACAAAACUCACAAACAUUUAUGAAUGAAAUUUCGAUUAUUUCAGUAACAAAAUCAAAAUCCAACAAAUGGAAACAAAAUGGCAUCACUGUGGCUGGUGGAAAUGGAGAAGGACAGGAAAUAAAUCAACUCGAUCACCCUUUGGCAAUCUUUAUUGAUAAAAAGAAAAAUAUUUUCAUUGCUGAUUUUUUCAAUCACCGUAUUGUUGAAUGGAAACAUAAUGCAAAAGAAGGACAAAUUAUUGCAGAUUCAAAUGAACAAGGAAAUCGAAUGAACCAAUUGAAUUAUCCAACAGAUAUGAUUGUUGAUCAACAAAACCAUUCGAUCAUCAUUGCUGAUUUUAAGAACAGCCGUGUGGUUCAAUGGGUGGGUGAAAAGCAACAAAUUCUCAUUCAAAAUAUUGUUUGUUAUGGCUUGGCAAUGGAUAAACAUGGAUUUCUUUAUGUUUCAGAUUGGAAGAAGAAUGAAGUGAAACGAUGGAAAAUGGGUGAAUACAACAACGAAGGAAUUGUAGUGGCAGGUGGAAAUGAAAAAGGACAUCAACUCAAUCAACUUAAUUGUCCUACUUUUAUGUUUGUUGAUGAAGAUCAAUCUGUUUAUGUAUCAGAUUGCAACAAUCAUCGUGUAAUGAAAUGGAGAAAAGAUGCAAAAGAAGGAACAAUUGUAGCUGGAGGAAAUGGUCAAGGAAGAAAUCUCAAUCAAUUGUUUUCACCUCAAGGGAUAUUUGUUCAUGAUUUGGGUCAAAUCUAUGUGGCAGAUAAUGGGAAUCAUCGAAUAAUGCGUUGGUGUGAAGAAAAAGAAGAAGGUGAGGUUAUUGUUGGUGAAAAUGGUAAAGGAAAUGAAUCAAAUCAAUUGAAUAGUCCCACAGGUUUAUCUUUUGAUGAUGACGGAAAUCUUUAUGUUGCUGAUUGGUUAAAUCAUCGAAUUCAAAAAUUUGAAAUAGUUCUCUAA